UAUUUUAUCAGUGCUAAUAGGGAGUGGCAGAGUCAGAGAGAGAAAGCAAGAGAGGGAGCUUUAUGAUGGAGUGGACCUAACUAGGAAAAACCAUGAAAUGAUGAGAAAGGGAAAAUGAUGGAAGAACAAGCAAAGGAAGAGUUGAAGAUGCUUGAAGCCCAAUAUCCCAACCAACAUGAGUUUCUAAAGCAUGAGCUCAGGUCCCUAAUCUUUCAACUCCAGUCCAAGCACCAGGAUUCUGAACCGCUUCCAGAAAACAAUCACUGCAACCUUGCUUUUAGAGAUACACAAGAAUCCACCAGCUUGGAGCAAGGGAAGAGUAGUAGCCAUGGUUCAGAACUUGGUUUAGCAGAGAGAGUCGUAACUGAUGGGAAGGUUGAUGAAAAUUCUGAGCUUGAAACUCCCAAGAUUGAUGUAAUGAAGCAUUUCUCAAGCAGGAAGAACAAGAGGAAAGAUAGGGUCGAUUUGGUUCUUGAGAGGGCACAAGUUUGUCUCAAGAAAAUCAAACACUUGAAAAUAUUCUUAUUUUCUCCUUCCUGAAAUUUGGACUUGCAUAUCAUAUCCGUGUGUGACUGAACCCGUGUUAAAUGGUAACAUUUCAUUGUUUGUUACUAUGCCAUCAUGUUUGUUCCUGUAAUCUGGUUGAUCACAUAGCCGUUAUGGGUUUUGUCAAGCAAUGGUUAUAUUAUAGCUGUUUUAGGCUUUUUGCCAAGAAACAAAGCUGUCAAUUUUGUGUGGUCCAGACAGUAAGGUACAAUUGUGAAUGGGGGGUCAAUAUCUGUGUUUUAUACACUAUAAAAAAGAAAGACACUUUUUUUCCUGUUUUUGGCUAGACAUCUUGAACUGAAGAAUUCAGAAGGGUGAAAAUUGUGCCUCUAUAAAAUAUUCAAAU